AUGUUUGCCUUUUUUCUAAUCAAUUUCCAGCCUGGAGAUCGUGUGUAUGUAUGUCAACCCAUAACGGGGACGUAUGCGGAGUACUGUUUAGCAGAUGCAGAUAGGGUUUAUAAACUCCAUGAUAAACUCAGUUUUGAAGAAGGAGCUCUUUUACCAAUCCCUUACUUCAGCGCGCUUCGCGCUCUCACCAGAGCUCAUUUUCAACGCGGUGAUAGUGUUUUAGUACAGGGAGCUAGUGGAGCUGUCGGCCUGGCUGCUGUUCAGCUUGCGAGAGGACUUGGUGCUUCGCGUGUCUUUGGAACAGCUGGUAGCGAAAGAGGGCGCCAAAUUGUCAGAGAAAUGGGGGCGGAUGACGUAUUCGACUAUAAAGAGAGAGAUUUCAAAGAAACAGUAAAGGCGGCGAUUGGCCCAAAGGGAGUGAACGUUAUCUUGGAAACAAACGUCGACGUCAACUUCCAUUUCGAUCUCGAAAUCGUAUCCAAGCACGGUCACAUCGUGAUCGUUGGCAAGCGAGGAAUCACAUCAUGCGAUCCACAAGAGAUGGUGACAAAAGAAAGUACAGUAACCGGAAGUGCGUUAUUUUUCUGUGAUACGGAAGCGAGAUUGGACAUGCACGACACACUUUACCGCGGCGUGGAAGAAGGCUGGCUAAAACCCUACAUCGGAGGUAGAUUCAAACUUGAUGACGUCAUCGCCAGCCAUCGAGACAUAGAAACACGAAGCGGAGCGACAGGAAAAACUGUACUUACUAUUGAAUAAUAUAUUAUUGAUCUAUUUAUUUGCUUUGAGCACUAAAGAUUGUUUGGAAUUCAUUUGAUGAAUAAAGAUGUGCAAUACAACUUUUUAUUGUUUUUUUACUAAAUAUGAAAGCGUUGGAGAACAAUAAAAAGGAUCUAUUUAUAUAUUUAUAUUUUAUAUUAUACACGCAUCUUUAUAUCAUAACGAAUAGAUUACACAGAUAAUUAUGAAAAAGUACAUAGGCCCCUUUUUGACUUUCUAAUUUACUCCAUUGGCUCUCUUUUAUUAGAUAAGCAGUUUUCAGCAGCUUCUUUUUGCCGAAAAUGUUAGUAUGAAAAUUCACACUUUGUUUUAACCAAUUAUUGAUAAUGUGUAUUAGUGUAUUAGGUAGCGUGAUAUGAUGGUAGGCCCAACAAUAUUCAAUAUGUCAUAAAAAUGACAUUACGGUAAGACAUGUAAGAUAUAAUGCUGGUGGGUGUUUCAUAAAGCUGUUCGUAAGAUAAGAGCGACUUUAAGAACGACUGGUAAUCCUUCCUUGUGGUAAAUGGUAUAUUCAUUGGCGAUGGUUUAGCGCGUAAGAAAGGAUCACCAGUCGUUCUUAAAGUCGCUCUUAACUUACGAACAGCUUUAUGAAACGGCCCCCGGUAUGUUUGCAUCUAGUAAUGCCCCAUCACCCCCUUCCUCCACUUCAAUGAUUGUUGUUCAUGUUUAAUGUGGCCUUAUGCAUUUUGAAAAAAAAAAGGCGGGCAUUGGUAAAAAAGGUUUGUGAACUCGACGCGAUAUACAGCACAGUGCGUCCCACAAAAAAGGAAACCCAUCUUUUGAGUAAGAUAUCUUAAUAUUAUUGAAUGUUUAUCAAACUUUAUAGAUAAAAAAAGAAAAAUAACGAGGGGGGGGGGGGGGCUACUUAUCGUAAGAAUUGAUUUUUUUUUUCUUUCAUUCGAGACCAAAUGCUUAUUGAAAUUUUGUUCACACUUUGCGGAGUAAAAACUGGGGCAUACCCUAGCUGGACGAUUUGCGCAGAAACUCGCGCAUGAAUCUGAAUCCAGUCUCAUUUAGCGGUUAUUGCAAGAAACUUAACAAAACACUAAAAGAUAUGUUAUUGAGCAAUUCCUGUCUUACUCAGGGUCAAAGCGGGCCUGAACACAUCUAGACCCAUUCUUCUGCACAAGUUGGUUUGAAAAUGAAUUUUUCAAACUCUUGUUGCUCAUCUCAAAAUGAGAGGAAAAGUUGUUAAAAUGAAAUAUCAUAAAUUUUUUGGGUAUGUGAAAAAAAAUCACCUUACGGGGAAUCCCUGUUACCUUUUUUUGUGGGACUUACCGAUUAACAGUAUCACUAUUAUUACUCAUAUUUGUCUCGGUUUUCCGCGAAACGAUUUUGAAAGUGGGGAGGGGUAUUGAACAAACGGUUGGGAUUAAAGCUCCCACCCACCCCCCCCCCCCCCGUUUCAGAUGUCCGUCAUUCAGAAAUCACUUUAGAUGAAUCUUCUAUAUUUUGCCACCUUUUGUUAAAUCCUACACACCUAAAUCUAUGAAUAGUUGGGUCUAAGCUGGUGUAAGUAACCAUAUUGUAUACUAGUAAUAAUUUUAGCCGACAGGCGUUUUUUUUUCACGAAACGUGUGGUUGAUGACUGCAUGGACGUGGGAUAUUCAUCGCCGGGUUAUGCAAAGGCGGUGCGAAACGCCAUCGCUCGCCGUGUAUAUACUUAUAAUGUCUGUACAAUACAUUUCACAUUUUCAGUUUGUUUUUAUUGAAUUUAUUCUGAUACCUUUCGAUGCAAUAAAUUUUCUUAUAUUAUUAAGCAAAUUGAA